AUGGCCCCAGAAGAGGGGAAAAGGCGUAAGAUUCGUGAGCGUUGAUUGGUUGAAGCUAGAACGGCCUGGGCGCUGACUGGCUCCGUCAUUCGCGCGAAGGAGUUUGUGGCGCCAGAGAAAAGUAGCUACAACGCUACGGCAGCAACUGGGUUUCUGGGGUGUUCGGUUAGCCCACCAGACCGGAAUCUGUGGGCCUGUUGAUCCAACGGAGCCGUGACCGAGAUGUGGAAUAGUGGAUUUGAGAGCUAUAGCAGCAGCUCGUACGGCGGCCCCGGCGGCUACACUCAGUCCCCGGGCGGCUUCGGGUCGCAGACGCCGCAGGCCGAGAAGAAGUCGAGAACCCGAGCCCAGCACAUUGUACCCUGUACCAUAUCUCAGCUGCUUUCUUCUACUCUGACUGAUGAAGUAUUCAAAAUUGGGAAUGUUGAAAUUUCACAGGUCACUAUUGUGGGAAUAAUCAGACAUGCAGAGAAGGCUCCAACCAAUGUUGUUUACAAAAUAGAUGACAUGACAGCUGCACCCAUGGAUGUUCGCCAGUGGGUUGACACAGAUGACGCAAGUGCUGAAAACACUGUGGUUCCUCCAGAAACAUAUGUGAAAGUGGCUGGCCACCUGAGGGCUUUUCAGAACAAAAAGAGCUUAGUGGCUUUUAAGAUCAUACCCUUGGAGGAUAUGAAUGAGUUCACUGCACAUAUUCUGGAAGUAGUCAAUGCGCACAUGAUGCUGAGCAAAUCUGACAGCCAGCCCCCAGCAGGGAGAGCAUCUAUCAGCAAUCCAGGAAUGGCUGAAGCAGGGAACUUCACUGGGAAUAACUUCAUGCCAACAAAUGGCCUCACUGUGACCCAAAACCAGGUGUUGAAUUUGAUUAAGGCUUGCCCAAGACCGGAAGGAUUGAACUUUCAGGAUCUCAGGAACCAGCUCCAGCACAUGCCUGUAGCCUCAAUCAAGCAAGCUGUGGAUUUUCUUAGCAAUGAGGGACACAUUUAUUCCACUGUGGAUGAUGAUCACUUUAAAUCCACAGACGCGGAAUAACUGGAUCUCACUGGGCACCUGAGAUAGUGCCAGCUGGACCUAUUUUUCACAAUCUGUUGUUUCCAGCUGUGUGUGUGGCCAAGUGACUUCUAGAAAGGAGGUUUCAUCUAUCAAAAGGUCUCAUCUAAUGUCCUUUUGAAACUUACUGCUCUUCUGUUUUUUUUUGUUGUUUAGAAACUCAGAGGACAAUGAGCAAUUGAUAAGGUAAAGCAGGGUGGACUUGCUUAAAGAAGUUGGAAGUAAGCAAGUUAAGAUAUCAGGAGGUGGGACUGAAAGACAGUCGCUAACAAGAGUAGGGCAGUUUCUAUUCUACAGUGUUUGUGAUGGGAGAAGAUGAGCAAGACCAGGGCCUGUGGGGAGAGGGCCAGCUGAGGAACCCACUACCUACCCUCUGCCUGUUUUUGCUUCCCGCUCCGGUUCUGUGGCAUUACUUUCAAAAUUGCACUUUCCUUCCCCUUCUUGCCUGGCCUGCUGCUGCAAGUGGGUUUAUGUAAACAUGAGGUUAUGGAGAAGUGGCCUCCUGGAGCAGAGGAGAGAAAGAGAUGUUACUAUGUUUUGUAUAAAAUAGGUGCAUCCACAUGUUUAAUAAAACAGUUCUACCAUUGCA